GCCACUAAUAACACAAUGCCUCAACAUAUAUAGCGCUAACACUAACACGGAGCAUCUCAUAACUGCUCGGUCAGCUCCUGAAUUGGUAUACGUUUUGCUGCCUCGGUAAUUAGCUCACAAAAAAGAUAAAUGUGGCAAUACGGUUUUUUUGGUGUAUUCAUAUUUUUGUUUCCAUAUCUUUCAAUUGGACUACAGCUUCGUUGUUGUACAAAAUUACCUCCACUUAUGAUUGAUGGAAAAAAUAUAUUUGACGAAAAGAAGGGUAGCCAUACGCUUGUGGCUUUUGUGGAAGGAAAUCGCAAAGAUUCAAGGAAGCAAGUAAAAGGAUUGGAUUUGAUAUUGUAUAAUUUCAAAAACAUGGACGUUUUGGAUAUUAAUUUCAUGGCAAUAAACAGAAAGAAUGACUCUGGAAUUAGGCAUCUGAAAAGACGAGCGGCGUUUGACGUCUAUCAGGAACCAAAAGAAAGUACUUUUUCCAGUGAAUUGGGGAUUAAUACAAAUGACUUUAUCAUUUUUGACCACUGUGGCUACAUGGUAGGAUCUUCAACGUUUCCCAGUAAUUUUCUUUGGAAACAGAAAGGAAGGGUAUGUACGGACAGGUUAAUACGAAAUACGUAUACCAAGACACCGUGUAAGAAAUACUGGACGUGUCUACAAACGAAACAACAACAUCCCGAGGAAAACUCAGAAGAGCAGUCUACAGAAUCGGAGGUCUUUAGCAUCCUGGAGUCAAGUGGAGGAAGUUUUAACUCUCCACAGUGAUGCCAGAUGUCAAAUUAUGUGAACAUCAAAUUUAAAAUACUUGUAUGCAUAAAUGAUACAAUACCAAAACAUCACUCCGUCUCAGGAGGACACAAUUACGAGUUAUAUAAUACAAGGUAUAGCUAGGCACGACCCGACUAAUGCAAUUCAAUGGCAUGAUUAUUCCUGCGCUUUUCGACUGUACGACAUAAGUGCUGACAAACAGGACACAAAUUACUAACUAUAUAAAGUCAUUAUAUUCAAAUCUGCGAAAAAAAAUGGGAAAAAAUGGCAAAUUUUUGUCUGCGACCAUUUUAAAGCCAGGUGUUGUCUGUAUUUCCGAGAAUCGCUGCUGGC